CCCGCCCCUCAGCGCCGUUUCCAGCCGGAGGCCUUUGGCCGGUGCACGGCGGCAGCGGCGGGAGAUCCACAAGGGCGGCAGGAGCGGCUCCAGGCGUCGCGAUGUCAGCUAAGAGAGCGUUAAUGCUUGACAGUAUUAAAAAAGAUAUUCGGUAUGAUGCAACGCUUUUGGAGAACAAAGUGAAAAAUCUAAACACUUACUCACCAACAACAGGAACACGUGAAAUGAGUCCAUUCUCAUCUCCUGUGAGUCAUGCAAAUGCACAAAAUCUCAAGAAUCACCUUCCAAAUGGGAAUAGAACGGAGCAGAAUGGUUCAGCAAGCAGAUUACCCAGAAGAGGGCAGCCUCAAACAGGGAAGGAUGCGUUCAUGGAGUUGCAGUGCGAAGUGAAAAGUUCACUGGACAGAAUCCUGAAAAUAAGAGAAAAUCUGACAAGCCUCCAGGCUUUAGAGGGCAGUAGAGAGCUUGAAAAUGUUGGUGUCUCAGCCUCGGCUUGCGACUUGAGGGAUGAAGUGCAGAAAACCCAAGAGCUAAUGAGUCAAGCAGAAGAACUGCAGCUGCUGAAAAGAGACCAUGGAAAACUUCUUGCCCAAAGAUGCGUUCAGACCACCCGUAGCUCCGUGUUCCUGAAGUCUCUCCUUGACUGAGAGAUUUAUGCUGCCUUGGUUUUACAGCAAAUAAACCAAUCCCCCACCUCUAACUCUCCCUAUAAGAACCAAGCAAGAAGAAACUGCUCAGAGAUGACCUUUGCAUCCCAGACCUUGUGUGGGAAAUGGCUGCUUCCUGCCCCUGCUCCUGUCAUCACGCCACCAGCCCCCCAAAAGCCAGUUAACUGACUGAAAUAAAUGCAUCCAGCUUU